UGGGCGCCGCUCGCUGCUGCUGGCGCGCGGCGGGUUCCUAGCGGCGGCGGAGGCUGCCGCGUUGCGCAAGCGGGCGGGCGGCGAGCGGCCGACCGAGGUGAAAGCGGCCGCCGUCUGCCUGGCUGUGCAGCCCCACCACACAGCCAGCCAGCCGCGCAGUCCGCCACAGUCUGCGCGGCCGAGCACGGACAGAUGAGAGCGACAGCGCUAGUGGUGGUGGCAGCGGUGGCGGCGGUGGCGGUGGCGAGCGGCUACGACCCGGAGGACGAGUCCCUGGCGACGGUGCUGCCGCCGCGCGGCCAGUUCGAGGCGUUCUACGGCGGGCGCGCCUUCGGCGUGGAGGACGCGGCGUCGCGGCCGGCGCACGGCCACGCCUCCUACUACGCGGAGCGCAGCCCGGCGCUCGUCAACGCGCCCAACGCCGCCGCCUACGGCUUCCGCUUCGACGGCGGCCGGCGCUUCAACUACGACCGCCGCCGGCGCCGCUAGCCGCACUCACCGGCCCGGGCCGGGGGCUCGCCGUACUCCGCCUCGUCUCGGGUUCUCCUCUAAAGACCUCAACUCGCGAGACAGGUCUCUGCCGGUGACUGCGACAGAAACUACAGUGGUGCACAGCAGAGAAGGCGAGUGUGUUUGCAUUUCCCAGAGUAUGGCACAGAAACUUGGCAGUGCCGUCACUUAGCUCUCUGCCUUGCGUCACUCAGCGUGCUCCAGCUGUUCUCUUUCACGGCAGUUGGCAGCCCUGGUCCAGGCUCAUUGUGGGCGGUGCAGUUUCAGCUUCUGACGCCUUUCUCAUGAAACUGGUGUACACGGGACGCCAUUGCUGCAGUGGUAAAGACUUGUGAGAUGAGCUAUGCUUUUCAGAGGCGCUAUACAACCAACAGGACAAUUUUCAGGCCGUGAUGUGGCUAUGCCCUGAUAAGGUAGACAAUUUUGUAGCUUUAGGCUGUAACUCAUUAUUUCACUGACCUCAUGGGACUCUAAUAUUUCCAAAAUACUUGUCACACACUCUGUGCUGACUCUUACAGGAUGACAAUGUAAGAAUCACCUGAAAAUGACAGUUAUCAUCUGUCUCUGAUUAUUAUAAACGAAAGAUACAUGUAUCGCGAUUUACAGGGUGAACCAAAAAGAUGUUCACAUUAAAUGGGUGUUUAAUCAUGUGAAAUUACGAGGCAGGGAUUACAUUACAGGGUUUCAAUUUGUCACCCAUCUCGCUCAGUGUAGUUGUAGAGACUGUCCAUUGUUGACUAUGAGGCCCACUGGACCAUCUGGGCAUUAAUGGAAGGAUCUCACUGUUGGGAUGCUUCAGGUCGUUGAUGGCGUAGACACGAUCCUUGACCGUGCCCCACAGUCAAAAAACGCAUGGCGUCGGGUCGGGUGAACGUGCUGGCGAGUGGAAAGGAUCACCUCUUAGCAAUCCAACGUUUACCGAACGUGUCCUUCAGGUAACCCCGAUCCAUAUGACUGUAUUGUGGAGAGGUGCCGUCUUGGUGAAAGUACUCUCGCUGCAGGAUGGAAAGUGACGCGUUCUCCUCCAUGAACGUGCUGAACAUGGCAAGUAAAUUCUCUCUCCUGAUUGUCUGUUCUUCAAAAAAGAAAGAUCCAGUCACUCCAGAUUUACUCAUUACACAGCAAACGUUCACCCUGGGAGAAUCCCGCACGUGCUUUCGAACUUCCAGGUGGUGCUCGGUCGUCCAGAUGACACAGUUAUGCUUGUUCACACGACCACUGAUAUGGAAUGUUGCUUUGUCAGAAAACGUGAACAGAAUGUCACGCUCCAAGUGCACCAUUUCCAACAUAAUUUGCGCAGCAAUCACACGUAAUUACUUGCCUGCGUUUGUGAGUUGCUGCACAAUCUGCAAGUGGUUUGGCUCCAUUCCUAAAUCGUAGUGCAAAAUUCUAAGCACUGUCCUUUGAGAAACGUUAGCCUCUAGAGAAAGUCUGCUCGAGGACUUGGUUGGGCUGGCUAUCGUUGGUCCUUGGAUGAGGAUGAUAUUCUCUUCAGUUUGGACAGAUCUCUUGCUACCGCUGUUUCCCUUUCAAUCGUCUUGAGCAGACAAACUUCUUGUAGAUCCUACCAACUGUCAGGCGCGAUGACGCAUCCCGUCCGAUCCAGGCCUUGAAAUUUUCUUGCAUGAUGCUUGAGAACUGAAAACCUCCAGCCAGGCAAUUAUCUUCCUUCGUUCCUCACUGGAAUAUCGGGACGCCAUGGUUUAAUCAGGGGAAAAAAAGAACACCCAUUUAAUGUUUACAUCUUUUGCUACCUAUUAGUAGACUGAAACCCAUUGCCAGACUGAUAUUGAGGCUGGGUCAUUAUCUUAGAGGGAACUGAAAUCAUGUAUUGUUUGUGUGAAUUCAUGAACUGUGUCUUGUUUACUUUUGGGACCAACAAUAAAAGAAUUUUCAUAA